AUGGGGGGCAUAGGUAAGACGACUCUGGCAAAGGAAAUUGGUAGGAUGGCUGAAACUAGUGGCCUUUUCAAUAAGGUGAUUUUUGCUGUUGUUUCGCGAAAUUUAGAUGUGAAAAAAAUUCAAGGUCGAAUUGGGGAUAUGUUAGGUCUAUAUUUCCAGGAGGAGAGUGAAAUGGGAAGAGCUGGUCGGCUCUUUGAAAGGCUAACUACCCAGGAAAGAGUCCUGCUUGUAUUGGAUGAUGUUUGGAAUUUUGUUACUUUCAAAGAAAUUGGAAUUCCUGUCAAUUUUGAGGGCAAGGGUUGUGAGAUUAUGAUUACUACUCGUCAAAGAAAUCUUUGCAGCACUAUGGGGCUCAGAAAAACAAAGGAAAUUCCAUUGAGACUCUUGUCAGAUGAAGAAUCCUGGAACCUGUUUAAAAGUAAUGCAGGGUCAUUGGCUGAUACAUUUUCUCCCCAACAAGAUGAUGUCACCAUGAAGGUUGCUAGAGAAUGUUGUGGGCUCCCAUUGGCACUUGUAACGGUUGGGAGAGCACUAAGAAACAAAGAUCUGGAGCUUUGGAGAGCUGCACUUCAGCAACUGAAGAAGUCCAAACCCUUGAACAUCAACUACAAUGAAAAAGACAUUUUCUCAUGCCUAAAGUUGAGCUAUGAUCAGCUGCAAAGUGAGGAAGCUAAAGAUUGUUUUCUAUCGUGUUGCUUGUUUCCUGAAGAUCAUGAUAUAAAAAUUGAAGACAUAGCUAGAUAUGCACUCGGAAAAGGAAUGUUUACAGAUGUAGAGACAAUGGAGGAAGCAAGAAGAGAAACACGAUGGAUAAUCAGAAACCUUACUGACUGUUGCUUGCUUCUGGACAGCAGUACGGAAGAUUCUGUAAGAAUGCAUGAUAUGGUUCGUGACUUUGCCAUAUCAAUGGCAUCUACAGGGGAACAUGGUUUCGUCAUAAAAGCAGGUCUUGGCUUGAAGGAGUGGCCAAAUCAGGAGACUCUUGAACGCAAUGCAGUAAUCAUUUCUCUGAUGACUAAUCAUAUUCAGUCACUUCCUGAUUGCCUAAUUUGUCCCAAGCUCGAAAUUUUGUUGUUGGCAGAGAAUGAGGUUUUUGAGGUAAUACCAGAGGGAUUCUUUCUAGGGAUGCCAACGCUCAGGGUGCUGGAUUUAAGUGAAAAAAUUGGUGCUCGCUCUCUAAAUCGCUAUUUUGAACCUGACAAAUGGACCUCAAUGCCGUCCAGUUCCUUCAAACUUCCCUCCUCGUUUGAAGCCUUGGUGAACCUUCGGACUUUGCAUUUAAAUCACUGCAAGUUGGAUGAUGUAGCAGUCCUUGGAAAAUUAAAAAGACUUGAGGUUCUAAGCUUCUAUGGAUGUGAUAUUGAAGAAUUACCAAAGGAGAUUGGAGAAUUAGUCAACCUGAGGUUGUUAGACCUCAACUUCUGCCAAAAGCUCAAGACUGUUCCGGCAACCCUGUUAUUGCGUUUGUGUCAAUUAGAAGAACUCUACAUGUGGGAGAGUUUUCAUCAGUGGGCGAUUCAAGGGAUGGUUGAAGACACAAGUAAAGCAUGUCUUUCAGAAAUAACAUCCUUGUCCCACUUGACUACUUUAUGUAUUCAAGUAUCCAAUCCUGAAUCGGUUCCCAGAAAAUUGCAUAUACCUAACGUACAAAAAUUUGAGAUAGUUAUUGGUAAAGGGUAUGAUUCAGUGACAUGUUACCCAAACUCAAGAAGCCUGUCACUCCGAGAAAUUAAGACUUCAAUACCUGAAGGAGUGAAGGACAUACUUCAGAACACAGAAGAUUUGAGACUUUUCUGCUUGUAUGAUGAAAUGAUAAGGAAUAUUUUAGAUGUUGAUCGGGGACCUUAA